CACCACAUCCUAUCCAGCUGCAGUUCCAGCAAGGCAAUGAUGUUCCGCUCCGUGAUCCCAGUGCUCCUGCUCCUGAUUCCGCUCCUGCUAACCGUAGAGUCCUCCAAAUUUCGCGCUUGUGGCCCGAAUUUGAUGGACAUGCUGAGGACGGCCUGCCCCAAUGGAUUCAAUCCUUUAUUUUCCAAACGUGGCUCCUUGGGGCUAUUCGAUUAUGAGGACCAUUUGACCGAUCUGGAUAGCUCCGAAUCUCACCACAUGAACUCACUGUCGGGCAUUCAGCGCGAUUUUCGAGGCGUUGUGGACGACUGUUGCCGCCAAGCGUGCUCCUUAACCACGUUGCGUUCAUACUGCAAAUCAUAAAUCUGCUACGAUACCUGGACCAUCAGUAUAUACAUAUGCGACAUGUUACGUAAAAGUAUUAAGUAUGAAUUAUAUGCACAGCUUAGAAACAGGCGAAUAAAAUAAAUAAGCGCAA